UGAUGAGCAGCAGCAACAGGGGAAGUGGGACUGAGGCCUCCCAUCCAGAUGCUGGGCCCAGCAGCCCAGCUCCUCUGAACAUGAACCACUAUGCUAAUAAGAAGAGUGCAGCUGAGAGCAUGCUGGAUGUGGCUCUACUGAUGGCUAACGCCUCCCAGCUAAAGGCUGUGCUGGACCAGGGGCCAAACUUCUCUUUUUACACUCCCAUCGUCACCUUAAUCAGCAUCUCCCUCUGUCUGCAGGUCACAGUCGGGCUCCUGCUCAUCUUCAUAGUCCGAUGGAACCUGAAUGAUGAGCAAAAGCACUGGGAGCUGAACCUUAUAGAGAACUUGGCCACAAGCCUGGUUUUUAUCAUAGUGGUGAUCAAUGUCUUCAUCACAGCCUUUGGAGUCCACAGGCCGAACCGCAGCGACUGAUGAAGAACACACACGCAGUUGUCUUCUAUAGACAUCCAUGUAGUCAGCAUGUUUUUGGACCUGAC